AUGGCGAACACAGACCCCGGUCGUCCAAGUCCCUCCUCCUCCGCCAUUCCACCACCUCCAGGCUACACACCGCCUACCGGGAACCUCCCUACCGACGUAUACAAUGUACGAAAGAGCAUCAGAAAUAUAGGCCAAAUACCAUGCGCGCGGAAUAGUCUCCUCAGUGGAAUUGCCAGCGGAGUGGGCAUUGGCGUAAUUAGAGGCCUUUCUGCAGGACCCCUUGUUGCUGGCCAUUGGGCUAUGGCGACGUUCACUGUGAUUUCCCUGGGCUCGUGGCAUGUCUGUCAGAGACAAAUUCGCCGGGAGCAACAGAAUGUCCAGAAAAUCAUUGAAUCGAUACCACAGCGAAGUCUAAAGAAUGGAGGCGCGACAACGCCUCGAGCAACGGAAUAG